ACCUGACCCUGCUCUGUGCUGACCCCCAAGAGCACGUGAGAGUGUCCAGCACCUCUCUGAACUCUGCCAAGAUGCCGGGCAGGAAGCACAGCCAGCACAUCAAGUUGUUCAAGAACAAGGGGAAGGAUGAAACUACCCUGCGGAGGCAGAGGGUGGAGGUGAGUGUUGAGCUGAGAAAGGCCAAGAAGGAUGAGCAGAUCCUGAAGCGCAGAAACAUUUCCAUUCAUGUGAAGGAGGAGAUUCCCUCUCUGGGACAAGACAGAGGAGAUGAGGUGAUUAUUCAGCCAUCCUUGGAGGAGAUCGUGGAAGCUGUGAAUGGGGAUGACACCCAGCUGCAGCUGCUCGCCACCCAGGCCACCAGGAGAAUUCUGUCCAGACACAAGGACCCCCCAAUCAAUCAGAUCAUCGAGCUGGGGAUUAUCCCCAGGUUGGUGGAGUUCCUGGGCCGUUCUGACAAUGCUGCCCUGCAGUUUGAAGCAGCCUGGGCGCUGACCAACAUUGCCUCUGGCACCUCGGAGCACACCAGGAUGGUGGUGGAGGGAGGGGCCAUCCCAGCCUUCAUCUCCCUGCUGUCCUCCCCACACAUGCACAUCAGUGAGCAGUCGGUGUGGGCCCUGGGCAACAUCGCAGGGGAUGGCCCUCUCUACAGGGAUGCUCUUAUUGCUCGUGAUGUGAUUCCUCCCUUGCUGGCUCUGGUGUCACCUGCCACUCCAGUUGGGUUCCUGAGGAACAUCACCUGGACACUGUCAAACCUGUGCAGGAACAAGAACCCCUGCCCUCCUUUGGAUGCUGUGAAGAAGAUUCUGCCAGUCCUCACCUUCCUCCUGCAGCAUGAGGACAAGGAUGUCAUCUCUGACUCCUGCUGGGCUGUUUCCUACCUGACUGAUAGCUGCAAUGAUCGCAUCCAAGUUGUGGUGGAGACGGGGAUUCUCCCAAGGCUUGUGGAACUCAUGGACAGCCCAGAUUUGAUUGUUAUGUCUCCAGCUCUCCGUGCCAUCGGGAAUGUGGUGACGGGCACAGACCAGCAGACUCAGGAAGCCAUCGAUGCCGGUGUCCUGACUGUCCUGCCCCGGCUGUUGAGGCAUGGCAAGCCAGUGAUCCAGAAGGAAGCAGCAUGGACCCUCAGCAACAUUGCAGCAGGGCCUUCCCAGCAGAUCCAACAGAUCAUCACCAGUGGGUUAUUGCCACCUCUGGUGGAGCUGCUCAGCACGGGUGACUUCAAGGCUCAGAAGGAGGCUGUGUGGGUAGUGGCCAACUUCACAACUGGAGCAACAGUGGAUCAGGUGGUGGAGCUUGUCCGUUCUGGCGUCCUCAAACCUCUGCUCAACCUGCUCUUGGCUAAAGACAGCAAAACCAUCCUGCUCAUCCUGGACACCAUUUCAAAUCUCUUUCUGGCAGCUGAGAAGUUGGGAGAGACAGAGAAGUUGUGUCUGUUGGUGGAAGAACUUGAUGGUCUGGAGAAAAUUGAGGAACUGCAAAACCAUGAGAAUGACAUGGUCUACAGAGCUGCCCUGAACAUCAUUGAUAAAUACUUUUCUGGUGAGGAGAAUACAGACCUGGAGCCCCAGACUGGCCAAGAUGGGAUGUAUGAUUUCUCAGUGGAGAAGCAAGACUUCAACUUCUGAAGAUGAAGCAUGGCACAGGUGGUGGGUGGAGGUACCUUGGAAGAGCUCAGAUAUCUAAACCAUGCUGAGCCUUUUUACUUCUGGAACUUGUCAAUAAAUUGCACUUUUGGCUUUGUA